AUGGUGGCGGGGGCGGCUGACGUGGCUCUCCUCCGCUUCUCCUCCACCAUUCCUUCUCUUUCUCCGCCGUCUCCUCCUCGUCUCCGGUUCACCUUCACCAGACCCAAAUCAUUUACUAGGUAUUCAAAAGUGGUGGCCUCUAUGAGUGAGGAUCCGAUUCGUGAAUGGAUCCUCUCAGAAGGAAAGGCAACUCGGAUAACCGGCACUCGUUCUGUUGGCGGAGGUUGCAUUAAUCGAGCUACUCGUUACGAUACUGAUGCCGGCUCAUUCUUCGUCAAAACAAAUAGGAGUGUUGGUCCAUCUAUGUUUGAGGGAGAGGCAUUAGGCCUCAGUGCCAUGUAUGAAACUGGAUCCAUACGUGUACCUAAACCGUUCAAGGUUGGACCUCUGCCAACUGGUGGCUCGUACAUCAUCAUGGAAUUUAUCGAGUUUGGUUCAUCGUGGGGCAAUCAAUCUGAACUAGGAAGGAAGCUUGCUGGAAUGCAUAAGGCAGCAAAAUCUGAAAAGGGUUACGGUUUUGAUGUUGACAAUACAAUUGGGAGUACACCACAAAUAAACACGUGGACUUCGGAUUGGAUUGAAUUUUAUGGUGUGCAUAGGUUGGGCUACCAACUGAAGCUAGCACGACAACAAUACGGAGAUUCCUUAAUUUACGAAAAAGGGCAAAGGCUUGUAAAGAGCAUGGCACCAUUAUUUGAAGGUGCUGUACUUGAGCCUUGCCUGUUACAUGGAGAUUUGUGGAGUGGGAAUAUAAGCUCCGACAAAAAUGAUGAACCAGUUAUACUUGACCCGGCUUGUUACUAUGGACAUAAUGAGGCAGAGUUUGGAAUGUCAUGGUGUGCCGGAUUCGGAGGAUCAUUCUACGACGCAUAUUUUGAGGUGAUGCCUAAACAACGUGGAUUUGAGGAAAGGAGGGAUCUUUACAUGCUUUAUCACUAUUUGAAUCACUACAACUUGUUCGGGUCUGGUUACCGCUCUUCGGCCAUGUCCAUAAUCGACGAUUACUUGAGGAUGUUGAAAGCUUAG